UAUCCGGUUUUGAACUGAGACGGUCGAGACAUACGCGUAGCAAACAGUUAGAUUUAUUAUAAAGAUAUUUCGUUUACAAGAAUAUAUAGUUUCAAAUAAAAUGGGAACAACAAAACAAGAAGUACAUCGACCUGGUGCAUUUAAGCAAGUUAAUAAACCACAUAAAACGGGUAGACAUCGUAGUAAAGGAUCAAUAAGUAGCGAGGUUAAAGGAAAAGUUGGAGUAAAAGUUUUAUUGAAACGUGCCACUAAAAAUCUUGGGAAGCGUGCCCGAAGGCUACAAUCUUCACAAAUUAGAAAAAACAAGAGAGAGGAGGUGUUGCAGCAAAAAAGGAAUUUUGGUGGAUCCCAUUCUGCACCUAUUCUUCUAUGUAUUAUUGCAUUACAAAAAGAUGUAGAUGCUGAUAAUAUAUUAUCAGUAAUAACAAAAGCUGACGAGUCUGCGACUAUAAUUAGUAGUCCACGUGGUACAAUACAUUUAAGGUAUAAUGCUACUAUGAUAAAUGAUAAAUGAUAAAUGAUAUUAAUA